AUGUCUCUAUCGAUGGCAAAGACGAUCGUAACCCCCAAGAAACAAACACCUUCUACGCCACCAGUCACGGACAGCCCAGGCACGUGGCGACAUCCGCGCCUACAAGAGAUUACCCAGCGACAGGAGGCUACUACAUUCACCGAUGGGAACGUCAAGCGCAUCGCCGUUAAUAUCGUCGUGCUUAUAGCAUUGAUCUUUCUGCAUUCUCUUCUGGCGCGGGUACUGCCAUCUAAGAAAUCAUUCCCCUACGCUGUCUGGAACUACUCGCGAUACGCAUACUGGACGGUUCUUGCCAUACCCCUCUUUAACAUCGGCACGAAUCUCCUGCCUCUGCUCAGGCCCAAAGAUGAUCUAUCCGAUAUCCCCCUAACCCCUGGCCAGCGAAGAUUACUGGGCCUACCACUCACCUCCGCGCCGCCUACGCCAGGCUCUGCAUAUAGCACGCCGCCCCGCUACUCCCGAACCCCUUCAAUCUCCGGAUCUGCGGGUAGCAAACGCAGCUUCUCCGCCUCCCCUCGCAGCUCUACCUCCAACUUUGGCAGUUCUAUUGGACUGAAUGGAAAUGGCAAUCUCGCUGGAUUAGCGUCUCCACAGAGUCCCUUACUACAGAAAGCCAUGAACGGUGCGCGCCGGUCUUCGAUAAGCUCCCUGGGAUCUCCUAGUCCUAUGGGCGCCAGCACAGGAUUCUCUUCGUUCUACGGCGGAGUCCCUGAUAGCCCUAGCCCCAGCCCUGCAAACGGGAAGAGAAGUACGGUUGGAUUGAGCAGCAAGUGGCUGUAUGAGAGGGGACGCGACCGCAGAAGUUCAUCAAGCAAUGCAUGGUUACAUAACUAG